GCACACUUUUAUAUUGCAUAAAAUGGCUGAGCCUACUGACACUGAUUGUAAAAUAGAUAAAUAUUCAUCAGAAUUAGGCCAAAAAACAUUCUGGGAUUCUACAUAUAAACGUGAAAUAGAAAAUUUUAAUAUUAAUGGAUAUACAGACGAGAUUUGGUUCGGAAAAGACAGUGUCAAAAGAAUGGUGGAUUGGAUAUGUGAAAAUAUUACAAAAUUAGAUUCUUCAAUAAUAGACUUGGGCUGUGGAAAUGGCUAUACUCUCUUAGAGCUGAGAAAGAAGAAUUUUACAAAUUUACACGGGGUGGAUUAUUCUCAAUGGGCUGUUGAUUUUGCUAAGAAAUUCGCAAUUUCGAAUAAUUUUCCAGAUAUUACGUAUACAGUUUCCGAUUUAACGGAAAAACAAGCUGACUGGGAAAAAUUCGACAUUGUUCUAGAUAAAGGUACAUUUGAUGCUAUAAGCCUAUGCGAUGAAAACGUUCAAGAAAAAAAGUUAUGGUAUAAAAAUAAUGUUGAAAGUAUGUUAAAGAAUGACAGUCUAUUUAUUAUAACAUCCUGCAAUUGGACUGAAGAGGAAUUAGUAAAAUUCUUUGGAAUGAGUAUGUAUAAUCAAUAA